AUGGCAGAAAUAACACAGGAUGAGGUGAAGAAGGCCCUGAAGAAGAUGAAGACGAACAAAACUUUAGGACCAGAUAACAUUCCCAUAGAAGCAUGGAUAAGCUUACAUGAAGCGGGGGUUGGAUACUUGACAUCCCUUUGCAACAAAAUCUUUGCAGGGGAGAGAAUGCCAGAUGAGUGGAGAAAGAGCACAUUGUUUGGUUUUAUGCUAAGGAGAAGUACUGGAGAUGCCAUCUUUGCACUGCGAAUGUUGAUGGAAAAGUACAGAGAGGGACAAAGGCAACUGGAUUAUGUGUUCAUCAUAUAUCUGGAGAAGGAGGCAUAUGCUAGAGUACCAAGAAAGGAUCUGCGAGAGUCAUCGCUACCGGAAGUGUACGUAAGGGUGGCACAAGAUAUGUAUAAUGAGUGUAUGACAGCAGUGAGAAGUACAGUGGGCACCACAGAAGGGUUUAAGAUGGGAGUUAGAUUACACCAGGGGUCAGCUCUGAGUCUAUUCUUGUUUGCUGUCAUCAUGGGUAAGUUAACUGUUGGGCUUAGGAAAGGAGCGCCGUGGUCUGUGAUGUUUGCAGACGACACUGUGUUAUGUCGCGAAAGUAGAGAAGUAGAAGAAAAUCUGGAAAGGUGGAGACAUGCAUUGGAGAAGCGUGGCAGGAAAUUCAGCAGAAGGAAGACAGAGUAUCAGAGGAGGAGGGAUGGCAGAACUAAGAUGCAAGGGAAAGGGAUCAAGGUAUUGAAUGAAUUGUUUGGGUUUAGCACUAGACUGUGA